CCCUCCCGCUCGCUGACAGCGAGGCUCCUCCAGGAGGGAAGCGGGUCCGUUGGUCCGUCUGGAACGAGGCUGGCGCGGCUUGGCCCGCGCCUCGCCGUUGCCAUGGCAGCCACCGGCGGGGGCGCGGAUGACGAGUCCCGAUCGGGCCGCUCGAGCUCCGACGGCGAGUGCGCUGUGGCGCCGGAGCCGCUGGCGGAAGCCGGAGGCCUGUUCUCCUUCGCAGACCUAGGCGCUGCGCUGGGCGGCGGCGCAGGCCUCCCGGGCCGGGCAGCCGGCCGGGCCCCGUCCCCGCUGCGCUACCUCCAGGUCCUGUGGCAGCAGGACGCCGAGCCCCGCGACGAACUGCGCUGCAAGAUCCCCACCGGGCGGCUGAGGCGCGCCGCCAGGCCCCACCGCCGGCUCGGGCCCACCGGCAAGGAGGUUCACGCUCUGAAGAGGCUGAGGGACUCGGCCAAUGCCAAUGAUGUAGAAACAGUGCAGCAGCUGCUGGAGGACGGGGCAGACCCCUGCGCCGCUGACGACAAGGGCCGCACGGCCCUCCAUUUUGCCUCCUGCAAUGGCAAUGACCAGAUUGUGCAGCUUCUCCUGGACCAUGGGGCUGACCCCAACCAACAGGAUGGCCUGGGCAACACACCACUGCACCUGGCGGCGUGCACCAACCAUGUGCCUGUCAUCACCACACUGCUUCGAGGAGGGGCCCGUGUGGAUGCCCUGGACAGAGCUGGCCGCACGCCCCUACACCUGGCCAAGUCAAAGCUGAACAUCCUACAGGAAGGUCAUUCCCAGUGCCUGGAGGCCGUCCGGCUGGAGGUGAAGCAGAUCAUCCACAUGCUACGGGAGUACCUGGAGCGCCUGGGGCGGCAUGAACAGCGGGAACGGCUGGAUGACCUCUGUACCCGUCUCCAGAUGACAAGUACCAAAGAGCAGGUGGAUGAAGUGACGGACCUCUUGGCCAGCUUCACCUCCCUCAGUCUGCAGAUGCAGAGCAUGGAGAAGAGAUGCUGAGGGCAGAGCUGCUUCCAGACAGUCUGCAUCAUCUCUCUGGGCCAGGACCACAGCCCCAGCUCCUGCUGCAUCAUGCCAGCCUCUGUAGCCAUACUCCAGGCCCACGUGUGCUGUCCUGGCCCACAGCAGUCCUCCUCUUGUGGCCUCCCAACGUCCCCAGCAAGCCCCAGAGCCCUGUUUCUUCCUAGCCAUGGACUUAUUGCCAUCAUCUGGCUUUGGGUAGGCACGCCGAGGCCCCCCGGCUGCUGUGGGUCUCCAAGCUGGCCCUGCCCCUCACACCAGCACUGAAGUUUAGCCCUGCACCUGACUUUCAAGGACACACUGCACUGCAUGGGUGUCUCUGAGCAGAGGAGGGACAUUGCUGAUGCCUAGGCCUUCAUAAGGUUAGGGGCCCUGUUUAGCCCAAAGAAAGGUCUCCAGUUCCCUCCCCCCAGUCACUGAAACACUACGGAUCUAUGGGGAUCUAUUCUGUGCCCAGUUGUCAGAGACAGAUAGCAAUUCAUGUGCCCAGGUCCUCAUCCCAGGGACCUCGAGGCCUUGGGUGGUGUGGCAGGCGUCUGCACAGACAUAUAACUAGAGGUCUCUAGAGGAGAGAGGAUCCUGGAUCAUCUAGGUGGCCGGGGUACCAGCCGGGUACCCUGUGGGAGGGAGGCGGGAGGUGACUGCUGCCACAUGGGUGUGAGAAGUGGAGGAAGAGGCAGGAGCUGAGCAAGGACUGCAGAUGGAUCGCCCUCUGAACGCCCCGCAGGGCCUGGCUCUGGACUGGAUUGAGCUCAGUGGGACACAGUUUAGUUUCUAGCCUCCAGAACUGUGAGAAUAAACCUGCUGUUUAAGCUGG